AUGGAUUUACGCACUGGGUGGAGUCGCAGCAAGCGGGAAGUCAAACUUAUGGAUAUUCCAUUAUUCAAAUGCUUGAUGACGGAACGUAGUACAGAAGACAGCGGGACUGGUGUGCCCGUGUACACCGUGAAGGAGCUCUACUUUCAUGACACCAUUUGCCUUCGCAGUGGCGACAUCGAGCUCGUGGUAGAGUUUACAAGGAAUCGCAACCAUCAUAGGGUAUGCGGAUACUAUUUCGUCGAUCAUCCCAACCGUCUAUUUUUCCGGCUUCAUGAAAUACCCACGGCAAGGAUCUUUGAUGGAGUUCCGGGCGUCAAGAAGUGGAGCCAUAUUAAUUUUAGGCAACACCGCGAGCUGUAUCCCAUUGACAAGCUGCCAGGCCCUCAGUCGCUCAAGGAACUCAAUGUCGCUAAAUGGAGUUUAUAG